GGCAUUCAAGUCGAAUGCAGAGGAGUCGGGUGGGUACGGGGCGUGACCAGGGGCCCGUCUACUCGUGUCCCUGUCCUGGGACAUCCAAUCGCCCCAAACUCUUUGAGGAACCGCAGUUAGAAGCUCUGCAGCGGUCAGCAGCCAUGCUCUCUGGAUGACUGGGGAGCCAAGGCACACAAAUCACCCCUGGGUGGGAAGGAGAGGGACACUCCGGGUAGAGGCUGAGCGGGUGGCUCCGGCCUGGGGAGCUGGUGCCGUCGUCGGGAUGGCCCGCUAGGCCGCUCUUCGAAUCCCUCGUCCCAUCUCUACCAAGCACAGCGCUUCUGCACCCUGGUGUCUGGCGUUCGGGAUUGCCCGAGGCCGCCCCAGGCCGUACUCCUCCACCCCCAUAUCCCGUCAGCUGAUUGGUGGAGACGCCCGCACACUCCCCGCCCCUGCGAAAGUUCGGUCCCAGCGGUGCAGGGCUCCUACUCUAGCCGGUGGGUCCCAAACUCAGAUUCCGGCGCUCGGGCGUGGGAGGGUUAACUUGAAGGGGUGGAGACGCCAACGGCGAGACUGACCAGCUGGGUCAGCUUAGACCUAGGAGUCCUGGUGUCACUGGCCACCGGGACACACUCACGCUGGUGCGCAGGCUCCCCGUGCGCCAGACUUCAGGGCGGGAGAGGGCGUGGGGAGAUGCAGGGUCACUAGACCGUUGCCAUCUCCCAGGUCUCUGCUCCUCGUCCCCAGCCGGUGGUGGCUCAGGGGACCCUAUCCGAAUCGGUCCUUCCGAGGGCGCUUGACUGCCUUUGGCUGGAGAUGAAGCCGGCAGGUUCGGGCCCCACAGCGGGUCCCACGGUCUCCCCCGGGGCCGAGUCCUCCGACGCGUCCCUGGGCCCGCCGUUUCCCUGGCCCUGCCCACCCGACGUGCGGCUCUGUGGCCACCUGCGGAAGCAGAAGUCCCAGCGCCGCCGCUUUUGUCUGCGCGCCGACCCUCCGCGCCUGGAGUGCUACGAGAGCGAGAAGAAGUUCCUGGCCGGCGGCUGCCGCCCGCCGCGACCCCGGCGCAGCGUGAGCCUGGAGGGCGCCUGCACCAUCAGCAAGCGCGCCGACGCCCGCCAGCGCCACCUGAUCGUCGUCUACACCAGCGACAGCAGCCUGGGCGUCGCGGCGGCCAGCGAAGUGGAGCAGCAAGUGUGGUACAGCGCCCUGCUGGAGGUGCGCGCCUCCGCCGCUGCGGCUGCCGCCUCGGCUAUGGGUCUCAGUCCCCGAGAGGCCCCCGAGUCUUGGAUCUUCGCCCCGUUCCAGGACGUCUGGCCUGUGACACUGCGGUCCAAGGGGCUGGGCCGAGCCCGAGGCCUGAGCAGCGGCAGCUAUCGCCUGUGCCUGGGCUCGGGGUCCCUGAGCCUCCUGCGGAAGCCAGGAAGCAAAGGCUCCAGAGACAGCCGGGCAUCGCCGCCCCCGGCCCUGCGCCUGUCCUUGCUCAGCGUGCGCCGCUGCGGCCAUGCGGACUCCUUCUUCUUCCUGGAACUCGGGCGCUCAGCGCCCACGGGUCCCGGGGAGCUGUGGAUGCAGGCGCCUGAUGCAGUGGUGGCCCAAAGCAUUCACGAGACCGUCCUGGCUGCCAUGAAGAGGCUGGGGAGCAGUGGAAGCAGUGGGAAGGAUGAGCCACCGUCCGGAGAGCCUCCCAAGAGUGCUUCUGCAGCCCCUGCCCCGGCACCCUAUGAAACCCCUACUUCUGCAGCACAACCACGAAGCCCCGGUGAGAGAGAAAAGCAGGACUACCUCAAGGCCUUGGAAAGGAUGAGGCCCGCCCCCUCCUACAAGGGGCUAGAUCUGGAUGGGGACUAUAUCGCCAUGGGAGUCAGGGAUGACUACGUGCACAUGGGGGGAGGAGAGGCUGGUGACUACAUGUGGAUGGCACCCCCAGGCCUUCCUCCCACCCCUGCCAGGGUAGCUCUGGGCAAGUCGCUUCAGGAUUCUGAGGGCACAGAAUACAUGCCCAUGAAUAGAUUCUUUCCAGGGCCUUUGUACUACGAGCUCAAGGCCAGGGAACCCGAACCUGGGCAUCAGGGUUUCCCCCGCAGCACUAGGGACAGAUGGGGACCCACAGAGGCUCAGACCCACUCUUCCCAACGUUCAGAACUAUCUGGGGACUACAUGUACAUCCCAGACUAUGUAGGAAUGAACAGUGCUAAGCCAGGGUCUCUGGACAACUGCCUCAACUACGUGGACCUGGACCGUCCCCCCUUGGAGGUGCCCGGAGCAGCCCCCCGGGAGAGCCCACAUAGCUACGCCAGCAUCAAGUUCUAGAACUGUGGGAGAUGGUCCGGGGAGGAGACCCGAGCACUGGUCAGGGAAGAGAGGAAAAGAGGAGAAAAAGUUUCCAGCUCAGCUCCGGCAUG